AUGGCGAUGCUCCUAGGCGUUGCCCUAACUGUACUCCUUGGGAGCAGACCGGUCGCCGGUGGCUCUCUGAAAGAUAUUGAACAUGUAGUAAUUUUCAUGCAAGAGAACCGCUCAUGGAAUAGUUAUUUCGGAACUAUGGCAGGAGUCCGAGGUUUUAACGACCCGAAUGUGCAAGUUAACCCAGAUGGGUUGCCUGUCUGGCAUCAGCUAGUCGACCCAAAAGUAUCGGAUAAAGCACAAACCUUGCUUCCAUGGUAUCUAGGAUACCAGGGAGGAAACUCAACCGAGGCGAUCCAAUGUAUGGCAGCAGGAAGCAACGGUUAUCAGGAAAAUCAGGCUGCUAUUAAUCAUGGUCUGAACAAUCACUGGGUGAUGAACAAUACUGCUUGGAGUUGGGGAUAUCUCAAAAGGAACGAUAUCCCAGUUCAUUUCGCCAUCGCAGAAGGCUGGACGACUGGUGAUAUGUAUCAGGAAGGACAAAUCACAGCUACAUGCCCCAACCGGGUCACCCUGGUGAGCGGCUCCGUUAAUGUACCCGGUGGUCCUCAGACUCCAGACCAGGGAGGCCCCUAUCUGGACAAUAAUGAAACUCCAGGCUGUGAAAACGGCAUCAACUGUUACCCACUCAAGUGGAAGACCAUCUUCGAAUACUACGAAGAAGCAGGGGUCUCGUGGCAGGUGUAUCAAGAUCGGAAUAAUUUCGAUGACAAUCCUUUGGCUUAUUUCCAACAGUUCCAAAAAGCACCCAAGUCGUCUCCUUUGGCACAGAAAGGACUGGCAUAUCUCGGGCUUGAGGGGUUCUACGCAGCAGCAGCUAAUGGAACCUUGCCGGAGGUUAGCUUCAUUGUUGGUCCGGCAGAGUUGUCGGAGCACCCGCCAUAUAUGCCGAAAGACGGAGCAUGGCUUCAAAAGAAGGUGGUCGAUGCUGUGACGACGAGCCCUAAGUAUUCGUCCACUCUGCUCAUGAUUAGUUAUGACGAAUCCGGUGGUUUCGGGGAUCAUGUCACCCCAUUCCAUUCUCCCGAGGGCACUCCAGGCGAUUGGAUGGAGGAUCCAUACGGAUUGUUUGGAAAUAUCUCCGUGGGACCAGGCGUUCGCCUGCCUUUCACUAUGAUCUCUCCGUGGACUCGGGGUAAUCGAGUAUUCACCGAAAGAGCAGACCAUAAUUCCCAGAUCCUCUUUUUGGAGGAGUGGCUUACAGCUCGGGUGCAUGAAAAUGUACAGACAGAUGAGAUGGUGCACUGGCGUCGAGAACACAUGUCGAACCUUGUCAAUGCCUUGGAUCUGGACCAUCCCGACCUUAGCAUUCCUCAUAUACCAGAUGCAGAGGAGCCCGCCACCAACUCCAAGGGAGGAUAUGUUGGAAGCUCCAACUGCGAAGCGCAAUACUCCGAGCCUAGACCCCCGGUACCAUACGGCGAGCAAGAAACAUCAGAGGCAUUGUGGUUUGAAGAAGGAUACAAGGAAUGUGUAGGAUAUUUGACCGAGGGCCGAUACCUGGUCUUUGAAAGAGCCGGACGAGCUCUCACGAAUACUGGCAACACGACGCAGGUGACGACCGCUGCAGCCAGUCCCGAUCACAAUGCGAAGAAUCAGCGAUGGGUAGUCCACUAUUCGAGUGGUGAGGAGAGCCAAAUCUUCAAGAUCUCGAGCGCUCUGGAUGGGCGAUGGCUGGGACAAGACGGGUCUUUGCUGCCAUCGACCAAGGGUAAGCAGGCGGCUGAAGUCAAGGUGACAUUUCUGGGGAAUGGACGGGGCUAUUCCCUGCAGUAUGUGGGCGACUCAUCGCCCAUCCUAAUUGAACAGCAGGGGGAUAUGGGCCUGCAGAAAGAAGGGGAAGAAGAAGGAUAUCGAGUGUGGAGUGUGAGCUAUCGUAAUUAA